UUCACUUUACUUUCUCUUUACUUUAAUUACAUUCAAUAUUUCAACAGAAAACUCACUAUUAUUAUUUUGAAUUUCCCCCCAACAAUCAGACCUGCCAAAAAAGGCAUCAUUUGAUAAUUUGUUUUCCAUUGCUGAGAAUGAAGAGCCUAGGAGGUCAUGCAGCCACAACAGCGGCCAUGUGGUUUUUGAUUUUUGGUAUUUUAGUAAUUAAGUCCAGAGAAAUUUCUGCCAGAAGUCACAUCACUGCCAGCUCAUACCUCUGUUUAGUGGGCCUUCUAAAGCAGUCGCCACACUUCCGCCGGCCAAAGGAAAGGCCAAGAGAGAAAAACCUUUCCCCUUCUAGGGCAGCAUGGGGCUGUAGCUUAGUUCACAGUCUAGAGGCAUUUCUGCAAGAAGCCUCUGGGUGCCAAAAGUAGUUAGUAGGCCUCCGAGAUCAUAGGUGUUCAGGAACAGAGGAGCUAUUCGUAUGCAUGUGGCUGCUCGGGGUCACAUCUGGGCGGAGGGUGUAAGGAUACUUUUUUGUAGCAUUCUCAGUGGUUUUUCAUAAAGAACAAUAUAAAAUAUAUUAUUUUGGUUCUGCUUUAGAGCAGGGAUUGGGGUUCGGGAUGGAAACAUCUGAAAUAUGGUGGUGAGAAGGUGUCAUGGUGGUGGGAUUGGUGUUUGAAUAUUAAAUGUAAUGAAAUAUUAUGAACUACUUUAUAAAAUUAAAAAUUAUAUAUAUUUAAAAAAAAGAGAAGAGUGGAGGGGCCAGAAGACAGCAGGAGGGAGAGAGGAGAUAACGUGCACAUUGAAAGGCUCCGAGUUUCACCCCAGGACCUCCUUGCCUCCUCUCCCCCGAUAAUGCUGGCCGUGGCUCCUAUUUAAAGUAAAAUAGAAAAUAAAAUAUGAUGGUGGAACCUUUGAGGGGAUUCCUAAUUGGGGGCCAGGGCUUGCCAGGGAGACAGGAUUGGCAUUCCCAAACCUGACAGCCGCCACCUGUGUUAUUUAUUGGCCGGUGCUCUGGCCCGGAGCUUGACUCUGGGAGACUCAGAUCAUAAUAGAAGCAGAGCGGCUGCUUGGGAAGUCUGGGAGGAUGGUCAGCCACCAGGGCGGUGGAUGCCUCGCCAAAGUGACAGCACUGCCAGGGUUUUCCUUGUGUGGUUUGUUUUUGAGCCACACCUGGUGGUUCCCAGGAGACCAUGGAAUGGAAUCUGGAGUGUCCUCAUGCAAAGCAUGUGCUCUGGUCCUUAUAGUAUAUUUUCUCAGCCUCUGAUUAUAAGAUCUUAUACACACAUAUAAAUGGUAAGAUUUUUCUAGCACUUUCAAUCAACACUGCAUAAUUCCCUCUUGUCAGGGCAUUUGGUACUCAAUGGCAGGAGUUAGCUCUCCUAACAGCUGCAUAGUAUUCCAUUGUGUAGAUGUACCAAAGUUUCUUUAACCAGUCAUCUGUUUUAGGGCACUUGGGUUGUUUCCAUAUUUUGGCUAUUGUGGACAGUCAAACUGUAUUGCUCUGGCCCCAGACCCUGGUUUCAUCCCUGGCACUACAUGGAGCCCACCCUGAGCACCACCAGAGGUCACAGAGCCAGGGAUAGCCUUUGAACACAACCAGGUGUAGCCCCUAUAGCCCCAAAUCCUUAUAAUUAAUAGCACAGCCCAAAUGAACUGGAGCGUUAGCACAGCGGGUAGGGCAUUUGCCUUGCAUGCGGCCGACCCGGGUUCGAUUCCUCCGCCCCUCUCGGAGAGCCUGGCAAGCUACUGAGAGUAUCCCACCUGGAUGGCAGAGGCUGGCAAGCUCCCCGUGGCAUAUUAGAUAUGCCAAAAACAGUAACAACAAGUCUCACAAUGGAGACGUUACUGGUGCCCACUCGAGAAAAUCCACAGGACAACAGUGCUACAGUAUAGCCCAAACGCUCUUGCUUUAUGCCAUUGGCGUUACAAAAGCUUUGAAAGGAACAGGCUACUUCAGGAUAGCAGGGGGAACCCGUGUGUGUGUGUGUGUGUGUGUGUGUGUGUGUGUGUGUAAUAAAGCAAGUGCAGUGGAAUGUUGUCAACUGGGGUGUCUGGCGAGACAGGUGAGUGUUCUCUGCCCCUGUGAGAACUGGGUUCUCACAAAAGCUUUGUGACUUUUCUCCAAGUGUGUACCUUCCUAAGGGGAGCAGGCAGCAACUCGAGGGAGCUGGAACAGCCAGGCGCUAACAACCAGGUGGGACAGGGGAGGCCUGAGAGUAUCCUGAAGACCUGGUGCAUCCCAGGAUCCCAGGCCUCCACCCCGCACCAGGCCCAGCCAUCUACGUCCUGCCAAACCCAGGCCGUGGCCCCAGAGGUCUCAGCACUGGGUGUCUCUGCCGGUGGUGCCACCCACUCUCAUGCCCCGAGCCUUACCGUUGGGGUCACUGCAUCCACAUCCUUGCUUGAGUCUUUGUGUAAUUGGGCAGGGCCAGGGGUGGAACCCAGCGUCUCACACAUGCAAGCCAAGUGCUCCGCGGCCCCUGGUCCCGGUUCGAGUCUCUCCCCACUCCAUCGGCACCAUGGAGUGGAACUUAAUUCCCAGUUUGCUGAGGGGAAACGGGCGGGAAGAUUUGCUUCAGCAGGAUUGAAGCCCAUGCCGGUAGUCACCUUUCCCCGCCGAGGCAAACAGCAGAUGCCCCCAGCAAGCAUGGUCAUGUCUGGUCUGGACAAUAUCCCUCCCAGCUCAACGCUUGCCACUGGGCAAGGUGGCAACCGCAGCUGCACCCUGGGGAGGACAUUGGAACUAUGGGAGGGGGGCGAGGAGAAGGCCCGGCCACAGCCGGACCAGUGCGUGCCACAGCCAAGCGGCAAUCACCUGCACCAUGCCAGAGAGCAUCGUGGCCAAGGUGAGCCAGAAGUGUAAGCGCCACCCCAAAGAAUGCGUGUUGGGAGCCCCUAUGACAAUGACAGCAUGACCAAGGCAAGAGCAGAGGAGGAAUGUGCCAACCCCCCAACUCCACCUCGAGACUCAGAGACCUAAGUGGCAGAUGACCCACUGGUGAGCCUGCAAAUCGGCUGAGUCCUGUGGAUCCAUGACACCUUGCCUUCCCCCUCUGCAAAGUCACCCAGAGCUGUUUGGUACAGACACAGGCUGGAUAACGUUUAAAAACGAAAACAGUUUAAACCCAGUAUCAUUGUGGUCUGGGUCCCGGUGGGUGCGUCACGGAGGGGACUGGGACUCCCGGAGGGAGUAGGCGGCAGGGGGCUGGGGAACAGGGAGCGACCAUUUCCCGGUGCUUGACGGAGUAGGGAUUCCAACGCCACUUGCAAGGCUAGCGCCAGCCCUUGGCGGAUCCACUUGUUCCAGCAGGAGGUGGGCCAGGGUGGAGCGUGGGGAGGAGCGACACGCGCAGCGCGCGCGGACGGAGCCUCCAAGUGUCGCCACGCGUCCCUCCGGCCCGCGGGGCUCCCCGGGGUCCCCCUGGCGCCACCUCCAACGCGCGCCCCGCCUCGGCCGCCUGCCACGUCCUACUCCCCGGGGUUCCCGCGCGGCCCAGCGCAGCCCAGGGGCUUCCCCGGCCCCGGCGCGAACCGCCCGCCUCCCGCCGCGUCUCCGCCCCUACCCGGGGCCGCCGGCGCCGAGGGAGGCGCGGGCGCAAACGCCGGAAAAUGAGCGGUGCCCGGAGGGGGACCCCGAGCUGCAGCGACAUCCUGGCGGCAGCUCCCGGCAGCAGCGGGCGCCAGCGGUGAGCGCGGGGGGGUUUCGGCGCGCCCGGAACGAUGGAGAAGUUUCUGCAGAUCGCGCCCCACUCUCUGGCCAUCGUCCUGGGCCCGGCCGAGCGCCCUGCGGGGGACGCGUCGGGGUCCGCGCAGCCCGCGCCCCCCGCGCAGCCCCGGCAGCUGUCCCGGCACCACAUCGGCUACGAGAUCUUCGCCGACUUCAAGGCCGAGAACAUGCAGCACUUCUGGAACAAGAGGGUCACGGCGGCGGUGGCCGAGACCUUCUUCCUGGGCUGGAUCGACGAGCAGGUCCUGCUGAUCCAGGGCAAGGAGGAGCAUCUGCAGGCGCUGCGCGAGGGCUGGACGCGCCGGGCGUUGCGGCCACCCUCCGGCUUCCACAUCCGCUGCCUCGGUGAUGUCUCACCAAUCAGUAUGUCUCCCAUCAGCCAAUCUCAGUUCAUUCCACUCGGGGAAAUUCUUUGCUUGGCCAUCUCAGCAAUGAACUCGGCAAGAAAACCUGUCACCCACGAAGCACUCACGGAACACCUGACCACGUGUUUUCCAGGUGUUCCCACCCCAAGCCAAGAGAUUCUCCGACACACACUGAACACUCUGGUGCGGGAGCGGAAGAUCUACCCGACUCCCGAGGGCUACUUCAUCGUGACCCCGCAGACUUACUUCAUCACUCCCUCCCUCAUAAGAACUAACAGUAAAUGGUACCAUUUGGACGAGAGGAUCCCAGACCCCUCCCAGUGCACCUCCCCACAGCCCAGCACCCUCACCCCCUCGGCCUCGGGCUGCAUCCGGGAGAGGACCUUGCCCCGGAACCACUGCGACUCCUGUCACUGCUGCCGGGAAGACGCACACAGCAUGCACGCCUCCACGCUGCAGAGGAAGUUCGCCAAGGACUGCAAGGACCCCUACGGCCCACCGCCCCUCUGCCAGGUGCCGCCCCCCGAGAAGAGCAAAAGCACAGUGAACUUCUCCUACAAGGCCGAGACCCUCUCCAAACCCAAGGAGGGCGAGAAGCAGUCCAAGAAGUUCGGGCUCAAGUUGUUCCGGCUGAGUUUCAAGAAGGACAAGACCAAGCAGCUGGCCAACUUCUCGGCCCAGUUCCCCCCCGAGGAGUGGCCCCUGCGAGACGAGGACACGCCCACCACCAUCCCGCGGGAGGUGGAGAUGGAGAUCAUCCGGCGCAUCAACCCCGACCUGACGGUGGAGAACGUCAUGCGGCACACGGCCCUCAUGAAGAAGCUGGAGGAGGAGAAGGCGCAUCGCAGCAAGGCGGGCUCGUCCGCCCACCACAGCGGCCGGAGCAAAAAGAGCCGGACGCACCGCAAGUCCCACGGCAAGUCGAGGUCCCACAGCAAGACGCGGGUGUCCAAAGGGGACCCGUCCGAGGGCUCCCACCUGGAGAUCCCCGGGGACCGCGAGUACGACUUCUGCGACCCCGUGACCCGGGCGCCGCGGGAGGGCUGCUUUAUCAUCGAGCACAAAGGCGACAGCUUCAUCAUGCACAGCAACACCAUCCUCGAGUCCCAUUUCCCCAUGACCCCCGAGUGGGACGUGUCCGGGGAGCUGGCCAAAAGGAGAACGGAGAUGCCCUUUCCGGAACCUUCCAGGGGCAGCGCCCACUCCAGGGUGCACCGGAGCCACAGUCACACGCAGGACCGGAGGUCGCGGAACGAGCGGUCCAGCAAAGCCAAGGAGCGGUCCAGAUCCAUGGACAACUCCAAGGGGCCCCUGGGCACGUCUUCCUUGGGGACGCCCGAAGAGCUGGCGGAAGGCUGCAGCCAGGACGACCCGACCCCUGGCCAGUCGUACGUCGACGACAGUACUUUGAGGCCGGCGCAGACGGUCUCCCUCCCCAGGGUGCACGUGCUGUCCACCGGCUACAAAGAGGUGUGUCUUCCGGAAAUCGUCGGUGGCAGCAAAGAACCUUCCGGAAGCUGCAGCCUUUUGGAGCCAGGCAAGCCCGCCGUGGAAGCUUUGCCUUCAUACGGCGAGCUCAGCCCCUGCCCGGCAAAGGCGAGCACAGACGACUACUUCCAGUGCAAUACCUCCAGCGAGACCGUGCUCACGGCGCCGUCCCCUCUGGGCAAGAACAAAGAGGACCACGACACGCUGACUUUAACGGAAGGGGUGAAAAAGCUGCCCCUGUCCGACAGGCAGACCCCCCACUCCUCCCGGGAGCCUGCGGGACAUAAGGAGGAGUCUCCCAAAGGGCCAGGCGGGGGCCCGGCCACGGUGGGAACGGGGGCCGACGGGCUGGUCAACGGGCGCCUGGCCCCGCACCACGGCGCAGAGUCCAGCAGCCUGGACAAGAGGAAAGAGAUUUUCAGCAAAGACACCCUGUUCAAACCCCUUCACAGCACCUUGUCUGUCAACAGCUACCACAAGUCGAGCCUGUCCCUCCUCAAAUCCCACCCCAAGGCCCCCGGCGACCCGCUGUCGGGGCGGGGCGAGAAGCUGGAAGCCUCGUUGAUGGGGUCCACGGGGGCGCAAGCCGGGCCGGCCUCCCAGCGCCAGCAGGAGCCCGGGGGGAACCAGGAGGCCUCGUUCGACUAUUACAACGUCUCCGAUGAUGACGACUCGGAGGAAGGGGCCAACAAAAACGCAGAGGAGGAGAAGAACCGAGACGCCGUGGGUACCAUGCAGUGGCUUCUGGAGCGGGAGAAGGAGAGGGACUUGCAGAGGAAGUUCGAGAAGAACCUCACGCUCAUGGCCCCCAAAGAAACAGACAGCAACAGCAGCCAGAGGGCCACGCACUCGGCCCGCCUGGACAGCAUGGACAGCAGCAGCAUCACCGUGGACAGUGGCUUCAACUCGCCACGCACUCGGGAGAGCCUGGCUUCCAACACGUCAAGCAUCGUGGAGAGUAACCGCCGUCAGAACCCGACCCUGAGCCCAGCCCAUGGUGGAGGUGGGCCGGCCUUCAGCUUCCGAGCGAGCACAGACGCCCCCACCAAUGAGGCCGAGAAAUUACAGAAACCUUCCAACUGCUUGCAGGCUUCUGUGACUAGCGUGUGAUGGUUCUUCUGCCUCCGAUCUCCUGUCUCAUUCGAUCCAGCCAAGUUUACGACACUGGGACUGAUGUUUACAUCUUUGGAAAGACAAGCAUCUCAACCACAGUUUUCGUGUUCACCUAAACUGUGCUGCUAAAUAGGCUAAGGCAAAAACAAAACAGAAACACAAAAAUCUUUAUUUCAAAGUAUUGCUUUUCAAUUUAUGGCUCUGUAGCAACUGACUAGCAGUAGGGUGAUAUGUAUACUUUUGCUUCACUAAUUGUAACUGAGCACACAUAGGGAAGUCGACACACUGUACGUGUGAUAUGCAUUUCAAUGUCAUGCCGUUGCCAAUUCCUUUUUCAAAUGCCACAGGUGCGUGUUGCUACCAACCUCUGGUUGGAUGGUACCGCAGAACUGAUCCUUGACACUUCCCAAACAAAUAACGAAAGCCACUAUGAAAUGUCACAUACAAGGGUCCACUGUGGGGGAAAUCAAUGCCAAACUGACAGAAGAAACCCAGCCCAUUAUGUGUCUGAGUCAUUGGGACAUCAGUCAUUUUUCACUGUGAGUUCUCGUGACCCAGGUUUCUAAGGAGCCCGUGGAAGUGUGUGAGAAGGGGUCUCGAUCGGAGUACGGGAGUGUUUGUUUUCAGGAUUCUUGUCUUACGUGUACCAGAUGCUUACAUGUCUGAUUUUUAACCUUCCAUAAUCACCAACAGGAAUAUAGGCCUUUGAAUCUGAAGUGGACAGAGGAAAGACAGGCCCAGCCUGGCCGGGAGCCCACCACUGAGAGAUGGAGAGGUAAUGUGGAAUUUUAAAAGGUGUCAAUCAGAUAUGUCAGGAAGGAAAUUUCCUCCUUAUAAUAUUUAGGAUGAUCCUCUCUUCCUAAAAUAGAUACUGAUAAUUAGUUUGUUUAAAAGCAACAUGUUCUUUGUGAUACAAAUGAAGAGUAUGGGCUGAGGAUGUUAUUCUUUCUAAUGGAAGGACAUAAAUCUAUUUUAUGUAGUUUUAAAUAGAAUGCCUAAAUUAGGCUAUGGGAAAUAAUUUUUAGUGGUUCUAGGAAAGAGCAAAAUUAGGGAGUUGAACUUCAGGCCUUUUAUUCCUGGAAAGAUAUCUAUAGAGAAAACUUUAAAAUAAUUUUUGAUUAGAAAUAUACAUGUGACCAUUUAAUUAACAACAGAAUUGUGCUCAUUCUGCAAGAAUAGUAUAAUUCUAACUUGCACUCCUCUAAAAUUGAUCAAAAUAACAAUUAUGCAUACCUGACUAUGCCAGAAGAAUGUUUACAACUACUUUGUAACCAAUUUCAGGAGGGAUUUUAACAUCAGAUCGAUAAUUCUUAGCCCAAGUUAUUUCUAAAGGGUUUGUUAACAUUUUGGUUUGGAUUUUGAAGUCAUGUUGGAUACAGAGAUUCUCAGCAGCAAAAUCAAAAACAAAAACCCUAUUACAAAAAUAAAAUUAAGCUUCAACUUUAUAAGAAAGAGACUUUUCCAAGUUCCCAUGUUUGCAGGUUGGAGAGAUGAUACAGGCAGGGAUUAAGAGCCCCACUCUGCACAGAACCAACCCGAGUUUGAUCUCCAGCACUACGGGCGGUCCUGAAGCACAGCCAAGAGUGAUCCCUGAGCACCAAGCCAGGAGUAAGGCCUGAGUACAGCUGUGUGUGGCCCCAAAACCAAAACCACCACCACAACAAAAAAAGUAAAAAGUGGUCACAUUUUAUGAGAACAGUGGAAUAAAUUAGUACAAAAUGAGAAAUGAUUUGCAAAAGGGUUGCAUAUAAUAUAAGCAAAUGGCCUGAUAGGUGGUUUUAUCUCAUUCAAUGGAAUGUAAUAUUUGGAGCCACAUACCAAAACAAAAAAAAAAGAAAAAAGAAUCAAAAAUAUUUUGAAUAUCCUGGAGUCUAGCCAUUGGCAUAAAAGCAGUAGGACCCUUGUGUCCCACUAGCUAGCUAGUACUCUGCUGUAAGAUUGUAAUUCUUGUUCUCAUGUCCAGAGCGCCACUCAGUCGUGAGAAACGGAAGUUGGGUUGGGUCCAAGUGGACCAUCAGUUUUACUACCGCUUCCUUCUUUGUGGUGCUUCGUGUGAAAGCGCCAGCAUCUUGGCCGCUCCCACACCACUGAAAUGGACUUUCAGGGCAUGCCUCAGUUGCUCAGAAAUGCACUCUUGGCCUCGUUGCUUCAGCAUCUCCGGAGGACACAGCGGAGAUACAGCAGAGAGACUGGGAACUCCAUGUCUUUCUGUGGAGAAUUGGCUACCAGGUGGUUCUGGCUCAGCUAUCUCCUCCACCCUCAGAACUGUUCUCAGAUGUUCAUCAUCUAUCAGUUCCUAAACACUUACAACCCGGAAACCACACGUCAGUCUCUGGGUGAGCCAUUCUCAUAGUCUGCUGCUGUGGGGAAGGAAAACGUGAACUUUAAAAUAGGAAUUUGUCACGAUUUCCCAAGAACUAGGUUUACAGAAGACAUUCUUCAAAUGCUGAGGGUCCUGGGCUCCAUGAUCCAAAAACUCCCUUAAAGAAACAGCCAUUCGCAUAGAAAUGUUGGACUUGAAGGUGCUCCGAGGCCCACAGAUGCUCUUAGGUUCUUUAGGCUGGUGGCCCCCUGGAGAUUCUUGCCUGGGAGAGGGGAGGUGUGACGGGAAGCAUGUGACACGUGUGUCCCAAAGGCGGGGUUCUCAGCGACCCGACAGUGGGACCCGCCCUAGCUUUUCCACCACCCUUUUCCUUCAAGGACACGGAAGCUCUGUGUGACGGGUUGGACCCCAGUCUUGGCUUGGAGAGUGUCCCCCCCACCCCCACCCCCAGGAAAGGCGGGUAGAACUCAGCCGGUGGAGAGCGUUCCACUUCCGAGGGGCAGCCAACUGUCUGCCUUUUGCACUUAUGUAUUAGUAUGAUACAGCCUGUUCCUUUCUGUAACUUUUAUUUUUGCAUAUAACUACCUCCAUAAAUUUGAUGAAGCAGCAGCCCUGCUUGCAGUGUAUUGUUCAGCAGAACGAAGUCGCAACCUUCCUCCACCGAAUUUAGGCCAUGAUGUCCUGUGUGUGCUCGAGCGUGUGUGUGUCUGUUCUGCGGGUGUCGAUGUGGACUCCUGACUUGGGUGCUCCCAUCGUUUUUCUUUGCUGGCCUUCUGUUCUCUUCAGACAUCAAGCUCUCUCUCCUCUCAUCCCCACAGAAGUGUGCUUGAUCUCAUGACAUAUGAAAGCAAGCUUCAUUUUCCUCUCCCCACCUCUCCCCCCAUCUCUGCUAGAAGGUCUCUCUAGCCAAGAGCCCAAUUGGGAAACAGCCUUGAGUGAGCUACUCCUCAGGAAACCCAGAUUCAGAUUCUAGGUUUUCAGUCGCAGAAGACCAGAGAAAUGGGGACUGCCGGUCAGGACCACGUUGGGUCUCCCAGCCCCACUCCUACACCACUUUCUCAAGCCCAAACUUGAUUCUAGUUGCAAGCGCUGUGUGAUGCGUUCACCACUUCUGAAAGUGAUGGGUGUUCCAUUUUAUUUCUGUGGCACCUCUCAGGGGACCUCAGUGAGCAUCUGGAAAGGGGAAGCUUAUCAAAUAGAGACAACCCAUAGUAGAGGAGGAGGGGAGCUAGCUGGACCUCAAUUCUCAAUAAAAAAAAAUUUUUUUUUUUUACAAAUUCCUGCUUCUCUAAUAUUGGUGCAGCCCGAGUUCAGGAAGCAGAAAUUGAAAGUUAGUUUGGAAGUAACAGUGCACAGAACACCAGCUUUUCCCGGGUCGCCCCUUUCAUAAGCCAGCCAGCAUUUCAGAAACAUACAUUUUAAUGCUAUUGCAUACACCAUGGGGAGAAAAGGUAAAACAGAACCAUGUUUAGCGAACAUGGAGGCAUUGCUCCUUGUUUGUAGGUUGGCACUGUUUUGUAAAAAUUCUACCCAGGAUAAACCACUGAUCACCACAAAGUGUACUUGAAAAUAAAGUUUGUAACUGGAGCAAGAUGCCUAUUGCUUAUAGCAGUACUCGAGUCUCAGAAGCCUCACCAUUUGUACCAGGGGCAGUAUUAGGUUCUUGAUUGGAAACCAGCUGCCAGUCACGGCUUGGCCAGCUCAGUUGGGGAUCUCUGAGUGUUUUCACUGCAUUCAGAGUCACAGACAAUUCCUGAAGCCGAUCCUAUUUCUAAUACCCAUACUUGACGUGAACAAGUUGAAGGAGUGACUUCAAGUUACCCAGAAAAGCCAGUGGCAGCUACCCUGGGUCUAUCUCUGAGAUAGACCCUCCCGGAAAUUCCUACACACACGUGUUGCUGUUUUUCCAAUGUGUGCUAAUACAGUUAAAAAAAAAAAGCAUCUCGGCACCUUUGCCCGUUUUCACUGGGAAGGUCCGUGCCGUUCCUCAGCCACGGCUCACUGCCGCCUCCCCCGGCAGUGACGCCUGAGCCCAGUCCACCCAAAUUCCGUGGCCGGCAGAGCUCAGCGCUCAAGCGGUCGUCGGUGACGUUUCCUGUUGGGUUUCUUAGAUUUCCCGUGCUGAAACACCGCCUGUCAGGAGCGUGGCUGCUUCUGGCAGUAGAAGGUGCGGAAGCAGAAAUUCUCACUGACCACUUAAUCCAGAACUCUCUACAGUGCUCCCGAGCACCACCGAAACCCAGAACUGUGUGUGCAUUGUUGCGCCCUGCUGGGAAGGAUCUGGAUUUCUGAGGGAGCUCUUUGUUCUAAGGGUUUCCUCAGAGUUGGAGACGGGAGGCCCUUCACGGGCGCCUUCUCCACGGCCCCAGGCCACAUGCCGGCAGCUCAAUGCCGGGUGACGUGGCCGCCCCCUGCAGAGUGAGCUUCCCCCCUCCCCUCUCGAAGUCUGUACAGUCCUCCUACCUCCUGUCGAGGCGCCCAGAAUUCUACUUGGGAGCGACUCCUCUGCACGUGUUCAGGGCUUGUGAAAGUCCGAACACGGGGAACGUGAACACUACAAGCCACAUGGUUUUCCGAACCGUAGAGAACCUGGUCUGGCUUUAGGUUCAUAUAAUAGGGCCAGCAAAGUGGUUGCCUCACACCCCCUCUUUGCCCGGUAAUGUGAAAGAACCAGCUACGAGGCCAUGUCCCUCUGCCAGGAGAUUCUACAGGAUUAUAAAAUCCAGCCAUAGAUAUUUGUAUCUAGGACACAUUUCAUGAGUGAGAGAGAUUUUUUAAAAAGAAAGAAAAGAAACACCCAUCAUAAAAAAAAAAAUCUCCUGGCAUGUUUGCAAGAAGCAUUGACACCUUCGUGCUAGAGUUCAUCUUGUGUCUUGGGCAUUUCAGAGAGAGAGAGAGAGUUUACGGGGGCUUCAACCGAGUCCAAGUUUUGCCUUUUCUUGGCCCUUGUUUUGAGGAUGUAGAAGGCGUUGCUUUGCAAGGUUCCGCAUUCUCCAAGGCUCAAAAGGGAUUCGGUCUUCUUAGGGAUGCCCGUUAGCAGGAUCGGGGCUUUUGUGGUUCGGCCAGCUUCCCAGGUGAACGCACACAGGCCCCGCCCAGAUGCGAGCGAGGUGGAUCCCACGUGAGGCAGCAGUGGUUGCAGAAGCCCUAGUGGAAGGCUAGACGCUCGGCUGGUCUGUGUCCAGCCGCCUACCUCCCUGUCCUUAGGCUGAUCUUGGCAGCCAGGCUGCCAGUAGAUCUCAGACCUGAGCUCUCCCACCUCUGUCUCUGCAGUUACAGGAAAUGAAUCAUGAAAUAGACAGCCCAGCAGCUCCUCACCUUCUGAGGUGCUCCCUCCCCUCCCCCACCCCCGCCCCCGCCCCGCAGAGAUAUCAAUGUGCCACCUUGGAGGGGCACAAUGGCGCAUGGUCUGGCACACACCAUGGCCUCGAGCUGCUCUCGGGUCCCCUUCACAGACGUCUUGACAACAGCUACUAAUUAAGGUCCUAACGAGUGGUUGACAGAUACUACUUUCCAGAAAAAGAAUUCACUUCCAACUAUCAGUUUCAAGUGAUCACAAUUCUGCAGGUAUCUUUCUCUGAGUGACUGAAUGUGACUAUUGCAUCGGAGUAAAUGAAUUCAGAAGUGCAAGUGGAAUUUGCUGUAUGUUAGAAAGGGGUUUUGCAGCCAAGACUGCCUUGAAUCAAAUGUGUUUGCACUGAAAAAAAAUUUAAAUUACUUGGUCUCUGGUUGCUGUAAAGGCCAUCCAAGAUGGAUGUUCUGUUUAUAUUGUAUAGUAUUUCAUAUGAAAUAAUUACAGUUCAUGAAAUGUCUUCCCUAAUGUUACUGAUUUAUAACAGCACAUUUGUAACCUGGUUUUUAUCGUCGGUGUACCAUAUUGUAAAUGAUGAUUACUUGUCAUGCUUAGUAUAAUAACUUAAAAGAAAAAAAGCACAGGGAUUUUUGUAAGUCUAUAUUUGAAAGUCCCUCCAUAUGGUAAUAUUGUGUUCAUGUUGUUUAUGUAGUGUUGUGUGAAAUAUCCAUUUUGGAUUGUGUUACUUUUUAAGAUAUUAAAUAACAUUUCGUUAUA